AUGACGAUUUUCUUACUGGGAAAGGCGAAAUUGUCUCAGAAUGACCGAGUCCCGGGAGAGCAAUGCAUUAUACGACUUUACCGCUUAGUAUGUUAUAUGUGCACAACAGGCACGGAAGCUGUAAGGGCUCAAAAACACGAUGUUUCUUGA